AACCAGUCUGGCGCGUUUUUGAAAGAGCGAAACACGUCAAGAAACAUGUAUUUUGAAUUGGUACUCGGAACAAUUUGGCUAAUACCCGUGUAACCCUCUCUACUUUGCGUUCAUAUACCCGUGGCUGACAUGUGGAAAAUGUUUUGGCCACUUUUGGGACCUGUGAGGAGCGGAGCUGCGUUGAAAGUAGCACCGAGCAAAGUCUGCUAGCUUGUUGUUUUACAGUGAAAUUUAUAUGUCUGGUGGCAACAAACAGCUGCCCGCUUCUCACAAUGCACUUUCCAUCUGUUGUUUAUUCACACACUCGAGGAAGUGAAUAAAAAAGGCAAGAAGACCGUCUCUGGACCUUCGGCAAGUUACCGGUUCUGCAUUAUCGGUCUCUUCAAAUUAUGGCUGGUGUUGUGGCUAUGGCAUCUGUCAUUGAGGACUUUGACACCCAGCCUUGCAAGAAAUCUCACAAAGAUGGUGGCAGUCCUGUGGUUAAGACAAUCACAAACUAUUUCUCUCCUGUGGCCAAGCCUGCGGAGAAACCCUUUUCCCCUCCUCGCUCCAACAAUAUCAUGGACUACUUUAGCAGGAGGGCUCCUUCCUCUAAAGAAAAGACCAGCUCACCAGAACAGUCUAAAGAGAACUGUCAGACAUCUCAGUCUGUAGAAAAACACACCAGCCCAGUGGCAGCAGUGAAACAACCAUCUCAGAAACGGGGUAGAAAAGCCAUCAAAGCUGCAAGGGAACUUGUGGAGAGUGAAACUCUCAGCUCCACAGAGGACAUGAGCUGCUUCAUUGUAGAAGAACCACAUGAGAGCAAAGACUCAGCAGCAGAGGUGACCAGUACUUGUGGGGUCCUUGGCAGUGAUACAGCAGCUCUGUUGGCCCAGCUUAGUACUGAGGCAUAUGUCACUGCUGGAAUAUCAGAGAGGAGUGCCACUAUGCCUGUCUGUGUAGUGCAGGCUGGAAAAGAUGAACAUCAUGAAGAGGGAUCCAGGUGUGAAAAGACUGUCAAACUUAAACCAGAGCUGAAGAGCAUUCCCUCAUCUCCAGCUGUACCUUUGAAAGAUAAGGAAAAACAGGUCAAAACUGCCUCACGAAAUUCUAGGAAGAGGAAUCAACAGGAGGCAAAGCAACCAGAAUCAGAACCAGAGGAGAAAGAGGCAGAGGCCUCUUUCUGUGAUGUUAGCAUGGAGGUUAAUGUGGAUGAGGCCUCACAAUUGAACAACAGCACAGUUACGAUAUCGUUUGAAGAUUUUGUGCGAAGUCAGGACAAGGGGGAAGAGGACAUUGAAGAUGAACAGGGAAAAGAAGAGGAAAGUAAAAUGACAACAGGGGCAGAGGAAAUGGACACUGACCGGCUGGAAAAUGUGGGUUCUUUGGAGCCAUCACUUCAAGUCUCGCCCCGAACGGUCACCAUCCAGGCUGAGGUGCAUGUAGUGUCACCCAAACAGGAACCAGUCAAGACUGUGGGAAAGUUAGCUUCCAUUUUCAACAAGAGAAAAGGGGCAAUGAGCCCUUCAGAAGUUGUAACUUCUCCUCACACAGAAGCUGGACACCAGCUUCCGUCUACCUCACUGGUUGUGAAAAGGAAAUCCAAUGUGGUUCUUCAAGAGGAGGAUCUUGAGCUGGCUGUGCUUGAGAGUGAAUCCAUGCCAAAGUGCAGCGAGGCAGAGAGGAAGCAGUUCAUGGCUGCCUUCAAGCGGCCCAACCUGGAUGGGUCCAAAACCAAACCUGGGAAGAGUCAGGGCAAACAGAAGCAACCGGAAGAGAAGAAUUUAGAUGCUGCAGAAGUUAUUGAGGAGGACUGUGAAAUUCCUCCCCCUGUUGCGCAAGACCCAGCUGUCUCUGAGGAAAACAAUGUAGCUAAAAAGAAACCAACAAGAAAAGGCAGAAAGAAAGCUAAAGAAGAAAACUUGACUGUCACUACCUCACCCACUGCUACUCCUGCGGAAGAAUCAAUGACCAAGAUUAUUGACAUUGAAGAUAAAAAAGAGGAGCCGUCCAUCCCCGCUGUGAGGAGAUCCAGAAGAGAGGCUGUAGUCAGGCAAGCGACCGAAAUCACCCCAGCAAGUCCUGUCAGGAAGACCAGGAAACAAAAUGAGUCAAAGGAUGCUGCUGCUGCUUCUUUACCUGAGAGCCCUAUAAAGAUGUCCACCCCAAAGACACGGAAGUCCAAACAUGGAGUCUUUUUAGCAGAAAUGGUGUGCCCACCUGACACAAAACAAAGUCCAAUCAGGAUUAAAUUUACUAGAGUCCAUAAAAAUGUCCCCAUGUCAAAGGCAGAGAGUGGAAGUGGUAUUAACACGUCUAUGGCUGCUAGAACAUCAAAUGAGUCUAAAAAAAGGAAGCAGGCAAAGAAGUUGGUGGAGAAAGCAAAAGUGAUACAGCAGAGUAAGAAAACUGCUGUUGAGGAGAAGGGCACCUUAAGGCGUUCGUCACGAAAUGAGGCUGCCAUCAAGAAGAGCUACUGUGAAAAUGAGGAUUCUAUCAUCUGCCUGGAGGACAACGAGACCACUCGUCAGACAGCACAAGGAAAAGGCAAAACCCAAAAACCUUUGCGAAGUCUAAAUGAUGUUCUGGGAAAAGCCACAACAGCUGGCAAAGAGACCAAGGCUGUCCCAGGCUCAAAAGUGGCAUCACUGGGCCAAGAGAAGACUGCUCGGAAGGUGUCUGCUGUGAUUUCCAUCUUUGAUGAGAGCGGUUGUGAGGGCUCUGAAAACUCCCAGGAUGAUGAGCAGUUCAGGGCGCGCAGAGAGUUCCUGAAGAGUGGUCUGCCAGAGUCUUUUAGGAAGCAGAUAGCCAAGACCGCUGCCACUAAAGAGGCAUACUCUCUCUCCUGUUCCUACUUUCAACCAGUAAUACACAUGAAGCAACCACCACAUGAUUGCCCUCUAUGGAGUUUACCAUGGCCUGAAUCUCCAUUAUUGUAUCAUCUGAAAGAGCCUGGGAGUCGAACAUCCAAGUCUUUUUCAUCUGUUAGUGGCUCCUUCUGUUUGAAGACAGAACCAGCCUGUAGAGCCUUUUGUGAAAGGGGUUCGGGCUGGAGACCUGAGAUCUCUGAAAGUGUUCGUCAGCUUCUUGUGGAGGAAGUCAGCACCUCCAACCCUCCCUUCCCUGUUCAGAUGUUCAUCAGUCGCUUUGUGAAGAGACGCACUGACCACCAGCAGUACUGCACAGCCUCAGAACCAGAAUCAACCAGAGUCACAGGCACAUCACUGCCAGCUGAACCAGUAGGAGGGAAGAGGAAGAGGAUAGAUGAUGGAAGGGAAAACACAGCGAAGGUGGCUAAGAAGCAGCGGGGCAACCAUUCAGAGGAGAACGUUUCCACGCCUGAGCCAGAGACGGCGAAAAGGGGAGGUCGUACGAGACGAGCGCAGAGAUCCAGGCUAGAGGAGGAGGAGAAAGAGAAAACAAGGCCUUCUAACAAAACUGCUCCCAUCCCGUCCGAGGACGACUCUGUGGUUGUGCUGGAUGACUUGCUUUUGGCAGAAGACACUGUGAAUAAAGAUGUGUUGAAGGAGGACGUGUUGUGGACAGACAAAUAUCAGCCCCAGCACUCCAGCGACAUCAUAGGCAACACUGCCUCAGUUAGGAGGCUGCACAGUUGGCUAAAGGAAUGGAAACUCCGUGCAGACAGAGAAGAGAGAAAAAAGCAGAAAGACAAGAAACAAGAGGAAGGAAGCAAUGACUCUGACUGGGACUGUGGAGAAGAGGACCCCCAAGAUGGAGAGGACAUGCUGUGUAAUACAAUGCUGAUCACAGGACCCACUGGAGUAGGAAAGACUGCUGCUGUCUAUGCUUGUGCCCAGGAGCUGGGCUUCAAGGUAUUUGAGGUGAACGCUUCAUCUCAGCGGAGUGGCCGUCUUAUUCUGUCCCAACUGAGGGAAGCCACUCAGUCACACCAGGUUGACAGUCAGGGGGUCAAUGCCCACAAACCCACCUACUUCAACAGCUAUGGCACAAGCAGCAGUGCUGGCGCUGUCAGGCCUGGCACCUCUCCCAGAAAGAUUAACUCUCCUCGCAGGGUGGUUUCCUCUCCCAGGAAACAUCCCCAGUCACCAAGUGGUUCUAAAAAAGGAGCUUUGGCUCCGACUUCUUUAAGUAACUUCUUCAAAAUGGGUCGACCCACCAACAAGGAGCCACCUAACACUAAGAAGAAUGAACAAACAGCUGCUUCCAAGAAAGUCAUGAAAGCAAAUAAUGAGGGUGCCAAUAAGAAUAAAGACCUCGCAAUCAAAUCACCAACAGCUACCACCCCUAAAGAAAACAGUGAAGAACAGAGCAAGAAGACGGCCACCUCUCUUAUCCUGUUUGAAGAAGUGGAUGUUAUAUUUGAUGAUGACUCUGGGUUCCUAGCUGCCAUCAAGACAUUCAUGGCCACUACCAAGAGGCCAGUCAUCCUCACUACCAGCGAUCCUACUUUUAGCAGCAUGUUUGAUGGCAACUUUGAAGAGAUCCAUUUUAAAACGCUGUCAGUGUCAAAUGUGGGCAGCUACCUGCAGCUGUUGUGCCUGGCUGAGGACAUGAGAACAGACCUAUCAGACAUCAGCUCUCUGCUCAGACUCAAUGGCUGUGACAUCAGGCAGAGUUUACUGCAGCUGCAGUUCUGGACUCGCAGUGCUGGUGGCCGCCAUAUAACCAGGCCACUGAUGCACACCGAAAAAAAUGCUGAACUAAAGCCAGAGACUGAUGGAGAGGCAGCAAAAAUGUCUGUGUGUGCAGUGACUGUCCCGCCCACUCUCCCUCCCUGUGAUACUGGCUGCACUGAGAGCAAACUCGGCCUCCUGAAUAUUGAGCCAGAGAGAGACAUCUGGGAGCUGCUUAGGAACCAUAGUCUGGUGGAGGAGGCAGUUUGCUGGGAGCUGCUGACAGAAAGCAGGCGACGAGGAGUGGACCUACUCUAUUCCAACAUGGAGACCCUCUUACCUCUACCACUCACACAGUUGACUACCUCUGCUCACAAACCUGAAUCACAAGACCAUCCUCCUGUUAAUCCCAAAGAGCAGCCCUCAUCCACCUGCAUACAGUCCGACACACUUCCAUCUCACGCUAGAUUACUGCAUGCGGCAGAGUCAGCAGAUUGCUCGGAUGAUAGCAGUCCAGUUAAGGUUUCCAACAGAAUGAGGAAGAACAAACGAAGGCACUGUGUACCUGACCAAGGUGGACUGAACUCUGACUCGGACUCAGAAGACAGUUUUAUGUCUCUCUGCAAGCCGCAGGGUGCUCCUCAGGCAAAGGAGAAAGUCAAAGAGAGAGUAGUUUCAGAAAUGGUGAAAAGGAAGCCACUGACUCCCGAGGAGCGUGUAAAAAAUCUACCAGUGUCACAGUGUCUAGAAUCAAUAGCUGACUUUUUAGACAACAUGUCCUAUGCAGACUCCUCCUUGCUUGUUCAUCCAGAAGGGGGUGACAUUCACAGAAGAAUGUCACCUGUCAGUGCAGUGGUGAAAGAUGGGAUGACAGAUGAGUUGAGGGUUGAGACUGACAGACGGAGGUGGGUGGGUUCAGAGUGCAUCUUGGAGAUCCAGGCUGCUGUGGAGGCACUGAGCUUCCGCAAAUGUCGGGGUUCGAUAGGGGAGGCCUGGGACAAAGCCCGACAACUGGAAGGAGAGCUUGGAAAAGAGGCUGCAGCAGAACUCACCCUCCCUGUUGCCCCUCAUUGUGAAGGUUUCAGCUUCACUCAGGACAGUCCCUGUCAACCACAGCUGGUCCAGGGGAGGAGAGAAGUGAUGGAGAGGCUGAUGUUGAGAGGAAUGGUUGGCACUCUCGGAAACAGACCAGCAGCUGCUGUGGACUACCUGCCAGCCCUACGUACCAUCUGCAGAUCAGAGCAGCUCAAGGAGCAGGGCAAGAUUAAACGAAGGUUUCUGCACUACCUAGAUGCAAUCCACCUUGGUCUUGAAAAGAGCACUCUACAGCACCUUGCUGAAGACUUCCCCUAAACCACAGAGAGGACCACACAUGUCCUCAUGAUCACACAGAAGCCUUAAAUACUUUUAAGGUCCAUACGUUUUGCCUCUCAGUCUGGAAAAGGAACAUGUUUACAGCAAGUGUGUUGGCAUAAGUAGCACAGGGAUGAUGGACAGUUGGGCAAAAUAAAUCAGUUCCCAUUGUUUUUAUGAUCCUAACAUCAGCAUGAGAUGAAGUGGUUAGAUGGUCAGAGGUGUGUGUACAGGAGAGACUGGUGAAGUUUCCACAUAUUUCCUCCAAGAUGGAAAUGAUUCAAUCACUGAAUACAGGCACACAGCUAAAUAACCUCACAUGAUGUCUGAUUCAGCAUAUCUUAUGGUGCUUUCAAAGAAUGCACUAAAUAUUACUACUUUAUAUGAUUUUUGUAAUAUUAAGCUCUGUGUGUGUGUGUGUGUGUGUGUGUGUGUGUGUGUGUGUGAUUUCUUUGUACAGUAGUGUUUUGUAGCCUCAUCUAUGAGUGUGUUUUGCAUUUUGGAAAGUCUUUUUACCAAGUAGACAUUGUUUGUGAGGAGCAGGUGUAUAUCAUUUAACAUUGAUUAACAUGUAAAAUAGAAAUUGCUUCUGAAUUUGUAAAGGCUGUGUAUGAACUGUCUCUGCACAAAGUACUGUUGAUGCACUCAGGUUCUUGGUUCAGAGGGUUUUUUUUUGUUUUUUUCUGCUUUAUUUUUCACCUUCACAUUUAUCACAGUGUUUUUUUUUUUUUUUUUUAUUCCAUCAGUUUUGUUUUUCAGCCUUAACUCUGUACAUAUUAUCCACAAUGGAUUUUUGUUGUGACCAAAUAAAGGUUUAUCACAACAAAUAGUAAAUUAUCUCACCAUUUCUGUGCUCCAUUUCCAGCAUGUCACCGUCUAUCCUGAGUUGGGGGCAGGUAGCAGAUGACACUGAUUUGCAAUGCUUGUGUUAUUUGCACAGUGGGCGGACUAGUUCAUUGCCU